GCGGGAGGGAGCCGACGUCGUAAUCACGUGCGGCCGGGCGCGCGCGCGACCGUUGUGGCAGCGGCGGCGGCUGCUGGCGCGUAGUACGAAAGCGGCUCGCCGUAGUUUCGUGUGCCGGGCGAGCGGAGAGGGCCGAAGGCCGCCGCCGGGAUUGAGCGUCGAGUGAGCGGUGGGAGCUUGAUGCGGUGUUGUCGCCGCCGCCGCCGUCUUGGUUGUGGACUGGUGCCAGCAGCGACGGAAGCCGAACGUGCCGAUGUUGCUGCGCGUGGGACGAGAACGCGUCGUGCGCCGAGAGCGGCCGUUACCGGAGCUGCCGCUGCUCCUGAUCUUGGCGCUCCUUGGGUCUGCUGCGUCUCCGGCCUUGUCGUGGGCUCUGCAGGACAUUAUCGAUGACGUGGAGGGGGAGGCCUGGUGGAUACCGGUGCGCCGGGAACCGCUCGCGGCUGGUGUCUGUCCGGCAGGCGAGGACCUUUGCACCCGCGGAGCACCGGACAACGUGUGCCGAUGUGACGCCGACUGCGCGCGGUACGGCGACUGCUGCGUCGACCGAAGCGGCGGCUCCACGGGUGAGGCGGCCCCGCCGUCCGCAGUGCCCGCUUCGCACUGGCGGUGCUUGCUCGAGAACGGGCGUGAGUUCUACGCCCUAGCCUCGUGCCCCGACGACCCGGCGGUCGACUCGGACUUGCGCAAUCACUGCCUCGGCCGCGGGAAGCAGCUCAAGCCCCUGCAACACGUUCCCGUCUACAGCAACGCAUCGAGGACGAUGUACGCCAACGUGUUCUGCGCCGCCUGCCACGACGACCUGCAGGCCCUGAGACCCUGGCAGCUGGAGCUUCGCUGCAACAGGGCGUGGAACGCCGAGAAGGUGCUGCGUUUUCUCGCCGCCGGACACUAUGGGAAGAUGAGCCACGCGCUUCACGGCCCCGAGGGGCUCAGCUGCAGGCUCCAGGUCGCCGACGCGUCUUACGAGUCCUUCUGGCACGAGUUGCCCGGACUUCGCGGUUGUCGCCUCGCGUCUUCCACCUGUCGGAAGGGCGCUUCUAGACGCGACGAAGUGCUGUGCUCUAGCUACACCGCCUACGUGUACUCCCCGCGCAAGUUCUCCAACUACCGCAACUUCCACUGUUUUCGGUGCGCCGGUGGAUCGGCAGCGGGCAGCGUCGAGUGCGGCGCCCGUCCGGCUUCGUACGGCCACGACGCUCCGGACGUGUCACACCUCGUGCUCGGCGUUCGGAGCAGCUUUGUCAACCCGCGCAAGUGUGGUCACACGGGAACGCGCAUCUACGACCCCUUGAGCGACGCAUGCUACGUGCCGCCGAUCCCGCCCGGUGAAGUCGCUGGCGACGAACCCUCGGGCGGGGCCCCACCGGUUGAACCUCCCGGCGUCAGUGCGUUUCGAUUGUUGCUGACGGCUGUGGCAGCGGGGCUCACGGCUCUGUUGUGACAGGUCGUUUGCUGUGAGAUAGGUUUCGAGCUCGGAGCCGCUGACGUUUUCUGAACCUCGAGCACUCGCCUGCUGGCUUCCUUUGGUGUGCGACUGUAAUUCGCAGUGAAUCUUCAUUAUUGAUGGCUAUGCUAUCCGUAGCUCUUGUGACGGUGCUGUGCACUGCGCGUAAGCGUAGCGGGGACGGUGGUACUCUUAUGCCAUUUGUUAAGAACAGUGACAUUUAGCUGUGACUCUGAGCCAUUCGAAUAUACAUACAAGGGUGUAUUCUGAAACGUUCCACUUAGGCGAUAGUUCGCCUAGGCGACAAUUUCGCCUUCAAGCGCGCGCUGAUUGGCUGGUUGAGCCCGACGUCGCUGAGCCCAAAAUCGCCGAAGUGGAACGUUUCAGAAUAUGUCCCCAAGUGCGACGAACUGCAUUAAUGGGAGGAACCAGAUUUAUCGACGGUGCGGUUUAGAUGCUAUAUAAAAUGGCAGCUUACCUUUGACUUCUCUACUUCCUUUUUCCUUCAGCGCGUUCUAGCGGGUUGAAUUCAGUGAGUGUUCAUUGCAGACUUUGUGCGUGUAAAUCUGCAGUGUUUGUCGGAAGUCAGUAUUCGCUGCACAAUUCCUGCACGGCAUAUUUGCUGUCGAGACGGUCCUGUCUGUGCCUUUUUAAUGGCGUUAAUACAAAAAGGAGCACCGGGAACAUGCAGAUAAGAUGCAGGGUUACUCAAUUCCACUUAGCAACGUCGAGAUUACAGUUGAUUGCUGCAGUCGGAUUGCUGUCGUUCAUACUUUUCAUGAGCGAUGAGAUCCUUGCGCUUGCACUGCUGUGUUUUGUGUCGCCCAUUAACGACUGCGGACUAGGUGAAAACUGAUAAUAUGUGUCGAACAUGCACAAUGUGACAAUUUAUCAUUGCUUGAGAGUCGCGAACCGCACUUUGAAGGUGUCACCUCGCUAUCGAGCUGCCGUAAUCUCGGCACGCUGUGCCGUGUAGGUUUUCAUGCGACACUGACCUUUACGCGGAACCUUGAAGCCGAUAGGGGCUGUCGUUGUACAUCUCGAGUUUCAGGCAUCUGCCGCUGAUAAGGUGUUUGCAGAAACCUUAGGCAACGGUGAUAUUAGCGUACGCACGAAUGAGCACGUCAGGACACAUUGGACAAAGUUUUGCUUAGAUUAGCGUUCUGUACAGUGAAACAAGAAAAAUUGCCAAAUUCGGUCGCACAAUGUUUAAUCAGGUCGCCGCGUACGGUCUCUGAACAUACUCGUUUUGCCGUUGUGUCCUCUAUCACUGCUGAUUUUUCCUUUAGCCUGAGGAUUUUUUAUAACUGGACGAAAUGCGUGCAGUACAUGUUUGCGCUACACCAGGCGCAAAGCCCUGCUGCGGAUGUCGUGCGUCAAUCUUAAUUGGCACUUCGUGCAAGGCUCGGCAAGAACAAGCGCGUGACCGUCCUAUGGGGAAGUGCUACUACUGAUGUUUAGUUGCUGUGGGAAUUAUGACAUGGCGUUUUUUCUGAAUGGAAUGCGCUCGGUAAUUUUAUCAUCACGGCAGGGAUUUAACAUAUGCUGAACAAGUGUGCUGCUGAUGGCACCACCUUGUCUAACGCCAUUGACCUCGGUUUUACCGCACCUGUACGAUUCACAUGGAGUGCCACUUCUUUUUUUAUUCUUUUAUUUUUGUUUGUAGCUGUGCUGCUCGCGUCUUUUUGUAUAUACUAGGCACAUUUUGUGGCAUUAUGGUGGAAUUGCAUAGUUAAAAGCAUUAAGCAAUGCCAGGGUUGACAAAGUUGGCAGUCAACUAGUGUUCAAUUAGUGUCGAAGUGUAUUUAUUUUCUGUUCACUGUAAAAGUUUGUGCCCUAUUUCGCUCAGCGUUCAACGUUACUCUACGUAUUCUCAUGUUUUGCAGGAUUUCAUGUCAUUGUAGCAUACAUUAUUAUGCGUCAUUGUCAAACGUUUCUGUCUUCAGUCUUCUGCAUGCCUGCCACUCCUAUCCAAAUAAACUUUCUUGAAGCUGUC